AUGAGUCAAGAAGGGCCUUUCAAGAUAGUCAUCCUGGGCGAGGGACGUGUUGGCAAGACGUCGUUGUUGCGGCAGUUCGUCUCGAAAACUUUCAGCGAACAAGAGGCUUCCACUCAGUCUGCGGCCUACCUUGACAAGAUCCUCCAGCUUCGAGGAACACAGGUUCAACUGUCCCUUUGGGACACCGCUGGACAGGAGCGGUUCCACUCGCUGGCACCUAUUUAUUAUCGCAAUGCUGACGGUGCCCUGUUGGUUUACGAUAUUACGGAUUUGGACAGCUUUAGGCGAGUUGCCAAAUGGGUUGAAGAGCUUCAGGUGAUGGGCACGAAGUGUGUCCUGGCGAUUGUUGGCAAUAAGUCAGAUUUGCAGUCCCAGGCCAAAGUGCCUAAGGCCGAUGCGGAGACCUAUGCCAGGAGUAUCAAUGCAAGGCACAGUACAGCCUCUGCCAAGCUUGGCUUUGGCGUGGAUGUCGGAACCUUACGUUUCCAAAGGGAUGCCUUACGGUGGCAGCAGGUGGAAGGCGGUUCGGCUUCUGACGCCGAGGAAGCCUUCGGAGCUUUAGCUGAAGAUGCCUGA